GCUGCCCGAUUUUAGCCAAUGAGCAUACUCUAUGAAGUAGCAUUUGAUCUAAGCGAAAAAUGGGUAUAUAUACUACAUAUUCUCAUUUACAAGAACAUUACAUUACAAGAAUACAACCAUGGGUAUCAACGACUGCGUAGAGUGUUCACGGGAAGUUUCUUCUAGACAGCAUGCUCUCUCAUGUGAUAUAUGCAGCUCGUGGCAGCAUAGAAUAUGCAAUACCGGCAUUUCGCUGGACGUCUACCGCGCAAUGGUGAAAGAAGGCACAGACAUCCCCUUCAUCUGUUCGAAGUGCAAGAUGUGUAAUAACAGUUCUCUACAAGAGCCUGAAUUGCUAGACUCAGUUUUGCCAGACACAGCGGUUACAUUUACCUUAGUGGAGCAGGGCUCCCAGCGCGCCAGAGCUAAGCUUGUGAGCAGCGACGGAUACGAGUACACCAGAAAGGUAUCCAAGGGCAACUUCACUUACUGGCGGUGCUCCAAGCGAUCAAAAGCUAUCAACUGUCCUGCUAGCGGUGUCACAGAAAGGUGCCCAGUUCAAAAAGAAUACGAGAGACCACAUUCACACAGGCAGACAAGG